AUGAAACUUUCAAUCGCCAUAUUGUCAUCGAUCCUGCUUGCUUGCUCGGUCACUGUUGCCAAUCCAGUUCUUGACAGUUCGACUACAAGUACUGCAACUACUACUUCGUCAGCAUAUCCUAGUGCAACUGAAACGAGCGGACCUGACUUGACGAAACUAUUCGAUCCAUAUAGUGUAUAUAUGUCUGAUUGCUACCCAAUUGAUUUUGAUGGAAUCACACUGAUUGAGUCACUUGCAGAAGGUGUACAUAAACUUGAAAAACUAUCGCGAUAUAUUGACACGAAAAGAGAGACAAUUAGCGAACAAAAAAAAGUGGUUGGUGAGUUGAUGCAAGAAAUUGACCAAUUAAGAAAAACCCAUUCAGGCCGUAGAUCGGAGAUGAAGGAACUCAAGUUUACGCUUGGUGCCAAGCUUGAAGAUCUUAGAAGAAACAAAAGACAUUUGAGAAGGUCCAUCAAGGAGUAUUCGGAUACGAAUCAACAAAAUGUUCGAACACGAGCGAUGCUUGGAGAGUACUUUGCAAAACAUCAUUCGGUUGGAUCAACGAACUCUGACGGUACGAUAAACACUGAACCAUAUCCUGGAUUCACGAAAUGUUUUGAUUAUUUCUACUAUCGUUUACCACAAUGA